GCGGAGAGACCGAAAUUUCCUUUUGGUCGGUUUCGUUUUCAUUGACUCAAGUCGGCGCACACGCCUGGCAGCAGAUGAAAGGCAGGAGGCGGAGUCAUCCACUAAAACAGUAUAAAAAGACGCAGAGGAACGAUGGAGAGUCAUCAGUUGCAUUCAGCUAUCGUACAACAUCUAAAACAACAUGAAGGUUUUUAUCAUCGCAGCGUUGAUGGUCGUGGUGUCCGGCCAAUCUUACAAGCCAUCCAGCUAUCCGGUAGCUCCGUACAAGCCCGAGUACCCUGCACCGGGUUACAGACCCAGUUAUCCAGCUCCUGCUUACAAGCCAUCGUAUCCUGAAUACAAACCAGAAUACAAACCCUCUUACUCUUCACCAGCUUACCCGGCCUACCCAGCUCAGCAGAACUACGACUACCCUCCCAUGCCAUACAAAUUCGACUGGGCAGUGAAGGAUGACUACACCUACAACGAUUACGCUCAUGAGGAGACCAGCGAUGACAAGGGUUACGUGACUGGCUCUUACCGCACUCUCCUUCCCGAUGGUCGUACCCAAAUCGUCAACUACAAGGCGGACGACUACACCGGAUAUGUUGCUGACGUCAAGUACGAGGGAGAUGCCAAGUAUCCUGAAUACAAACCUUCGUCCUACAAGCCUUCAUACGCUCCAGCUUAUCCUUCACCAGCUUAUCCAUCUCCAGCUUACAACAAGCCCGCCUACCCCGAGCCAGCUUACCCUAAGCCAUCGUACCCUGCUCCUCCAGCAUACAAGCCUUCUUCGUACCCUGCCCCGGCGUACAAGCCCGCCUAUGCCCCAGCCUACCCAGCUCCGAAAUACCCAACCAAGUACUAGGAAACUUAAUAUCAAAGAGAAUGCUGUGAACAAUUUGUCGAAAGAAAUUAACUUUAUUUCAAAAUAAAAUAUACUUUAGAUGUACCGUGA